UUUCACGCCGUCCUUUUUUAACCUACUUUUCGCGAAUCCAAUUUCAGUAAAUUUCGAGAACUCAUACAACAUCCGAGGUGACAUACCGCAAGCAAUAAUUGAAUUAAAAAAGGGAAGCCCACAAAGUAGCGGUUCGUUCGUCAGUUUUCUUCGCAGUCGCGUACCGCGAAAAUGUUCAACUUGUACCAGAGCAUGAACAAGAGACCGGAGGACGAGAAGGAAUCGCCGGUGAUCGGCCACGAGAGAUUCUACCAGGAACGGUCGCGGUCCAGUGUGAGGAAAAGGAGGAAGGUGACGAGGAGGGCGCAGAGCGCCUCGGAAUUUCCCAGCGCGACUCUGACCGCCGCCCAGAAACGGAUGGCAUUCAAAUCCCGCAGCCAGAGUUCGGAGAAUAAAAGGGAAGAGGGAAAGUUCAUGUCUCCAGGGACCGAAUCUAUAGCUAAACUGUUGUUCAAUCGACGAUCUUCGACGGUACAAAAGCACGAGUACAGCGCCUUGAAAACGGACGGUGGUAGUACCGACAAGUGUAGGUACGAGCAACAGAUCAAAAAUGGGGCAUUCAUGACUUGCAAACAUUAUUUACAAAAUAACGAACGAUACGAACUGAAAACCCAACUUGGCGACAUCGGAACACGAAACGACAAACAUUGGUUCAUCGUGCAGGAUCACACGUUGGGCGCGGAACGUCUGUUGAGUUUGGUGCCUUUGCCGCCGACCUGUCCGAUAAAUCCGUCCCAGGCGACCCGUGACACACUCCUGGAACUGUUCCGCGGCCUCCAGCAUCCCUACAUCCAUCCGGUGCUCGACGUCGAGUUCUGGGACGCGGGCGCCGCCCUCAUCAGUCCCCUAAAUCCCGCGGGUAGUUUGCGGGACGUUAUCCACGCCGCCAACUGGCAGGACGACUGUGACGUCAAGUAUGCCGAAAGAGGAACAGGAUUACCUUUAAGAACGGUUCAGUGUUUGGGCAGACAAAUUCUAGAAGCUCUGUUGUUCCUGCGAAACCGUCACUUUCCUCCGUUCUACCACUUGAACGCCGGCAACGUGAUAAUCCAAAACGGGGUAGCCAGAUUGGCGGGACUCGAAAACCCUCUGUUCGGCCUUUUACCGCGAGCGCCAAGCGCCCCGGAGACUCUAGCAUUUGGAUAUUUGCUGUUCGAAAUGGCGGCCGGCUAUCAGCUACCAUCGCCGCCGAGCGCCGCCCACCUCGAAUUGGAACUGGAAAGGGUGCCAAAGGUGGCGGACGCCCUGUGCAUAAUAUUCGAUAGCACAAGAAUGGCGACCAUAGAGGAUUUGGUGCGAUGCGAUCUGUUCCGCGGCGUCGAACUGAGGGAGCUGAGGGGCGCGAGCAUUUUGCAAAUCAGCACGCCGCAGGAGGUGCUCGAACUGCUCGACGUCGUCCGGAAUCCGGUCCCGCCCUCACCCUUGCGACGAAAAGAUGUAGUCGUAAUUGUAGAAGACAGGAGGCUAGAAGACAUUUUAGAAGAAGACAACGAAGACAGUGACUCCAAUGAAUGUCCGGAAGUCGAAAGUCGGUAGUAAUACCAAAAUCAUUCUUUUGUACAUUAACAAUUACAAUUAAUUAGUUAGUAAGUUGAAUGUGCGCUGUGUUUGAGGCUUUAAAGCGGUUUCAAAUAAUUAUAACGUUUAUUAUUAAUGAUGAAAAUGUGUGGCCAAACGUUUUGGACCAAAAUGUUCUGAUAAAAUUUACUGGAUGAUUCCUAAGUAUUUCAAAAAAUUGUAAUGGGAACCAUCGAGUAUAUCAAAAAUGUGAAUCAAAUAGUAUUACGGGUUUUGCAAUACGUCAAUCGCCACAAUCUAGGGGCAAUAAUAUUUUUAAUAGUAGCUUUUGUAGUACCUGUAGAACGCUAGUUUGUAGCAAAGGAACGGUUGGACAGUAAUAGAAUUUCUAAUGCUGUUAAUCGUUACACGGGUUUGAUACAGUGUUAGCGAGACUAUUUUUUGAUCUAUAUAUCGACUCUUUCAUAACUCAUAGAUAAUAAUUCUAUCCCAUUUAGAAUUUGCAGCAACUUUUUUAUGGAUAAUUUGAUUGUUUUCUUUUUCAAAAAAUUUUCUACAGAUGUAACAGUUUGCUUAUAAAUUAACAUUUGUUAAAUAAUCGAACGAGUUUUUAAGAAAACUGACAAUCAUCCCAAAACAGGUUGUCUUCACAGAAAUAGACAAAACGACUAACCUUAAAACAAAGGCAGAAAAUGGGCAAUAAUGAAGGAACAUAUCCAGGCCGUCCUAGUACGUCAAUUUAAAUAACGUUCUGUUCUGUUAUAGCAAUAGUAUAGAACCGUGGAUGCGGAUCUUCCGUCGGAAACGGAAAUACGUUCUGAUCCGGCAAUGCGGAUUCAAGACGCACGUGACGUUGUUGAGGGACAAUCGCACCGUCAAAAGCAAUGCCCGAAUGCGUUUAGAUUUAA